AUGGCAGCUUCAGCAAUGGACAACGACGAUGCGGGCCGCGUCGGAAGUGGUGGUGUCCGAUCGCGCUGGACCACCUGGCGCAGCAAGUGGCAUGGCCAUGGUACGCCUACGCAGGCCGACAUAGACGAUGGUCUGUGGGAUACGGUGAGUACUGGUAGACGCAGCGGGCCACUCUUAGUACUGCAUGCAUGAUACUCACCAUAGAAUCGCAAAACGCGACUUUCUACUCGCAGAACGAUGAUGGCUUCCUUCAAGACGUGGCGGAGUCAACCUCGAAGUCCUUGCCACAGUCACACCUCUACACCAUGUUUUCGAGCCCCAAUUCAGAUCGCGCUGCUGAGAACUUUUCACGGCCUCAAGGUCCUCAGCAGCGCGUAAGUGACUCCAGUAGCGGCAGCGGUGACCCUUCGCAUGAGAGCAGUUCUCGCCCCACCUCAUACACCAGCUCAGCCUUCUCACCCACCUUGCAUGCCGCCGGCCCAGACUCAGCGCCGGUCGGUCCAGGCGGCUUCAUCCAAGCUUCACCCCUACUUGGCGGGUACGACCUUCGUAAGGCUAAGAUCUCGUCGCCCUCGAGCCAGUCACCUUCUGCCCGUUCCUCACCUCAAGCACCAAACUUCACCUUUAAGCCGAUCGAAGGCGAGGAGGGCAGCUCAGCUUACUAUUCCGUCGAAACUGACCUGCAAGAGCAGCUGCGCUCCUCGCUCGACUUCGCCAGCAAUCGCGCGUCAGCAUAUGCGCAUGGUGGACGGAAGAAUGCGCUGCUGAGUCGUCAGGCGAGUAGCUCUUCGUUGAAUCACAUCGACUCAGCCGCAUACCCGCGCACACCCAGUAAUGCCAGCGUGCUUGGGCCCGAGGGCGAAACUCGGCAUUUCGUGCAUGCACAUACGUCGAUGGGGAGCCCAAGCAAAGACUAUGCUUUUCCCGGGACAAGCUCCAGUGUAUUCGCAAGCUCGUCUCGAAUAGGCAGCCAAUUAUCGAGGUGGGAGCCGCCAUCUCCAAGGACGACGAUCCUUCCUCUCGAAUCAGCAUCUAAGGGAGGGAAUGCGUCGGGAAAUUACGGUGAUCCAGGAUCGCCGGCUGGGUCUUUGGCCAAGCGCCGAUUUGGCCGGCGUGAGAAGCGCUCGCCGGAAUCGCCUGUUCUGCCAAAGAUUGAUAGCAUAGGCAGCGCGUUUGGGAGCGAUUAUGCCUUGGGACAGUCAAGCUUCGAAAGCCUCGGGCCAAGCGCUCUAAAAACCAGCGAGACCCCUCCGCUAGGUGGUCCCCGCCGCACAUCGAUUGUAAAAGGUACCCUCGUUUCGGGGCUGCGCAAGUUCAUGCAAAGUUCACACUCUCCAAGCGCUAGCACCGACCUCGCCAGCAAGCAGAUGUCAAGAGCAAGCAGCAAGGCAAGUCUGGCACAGUCCGCGUCAGGGGAUCGGCUGGGCCGUAGGCCAAGCCACGUCGAGAUGGACGACACUCCCGCCACUGCAGCACAGCCCGGUUACGACAACAUCCAACUUGUGAACGAAGCGUCCGCUCUAUCGGGCUGGCAGCAGACUAGCAUCGACGAGCACACGACCCCGACCAAUGUCGACAUCCCGCAGCAUCCCAUGCUUCAAGAGCUCCCUGCAGGUGCCGCGCUUCGCAACGUUCUGGCGCAUCGGCCUUCUACCGCACCGUCGCAGCAAUUGUUCCAUACCCAAAGCGAAGAGCCGACUUCACUUGAUUCAUACGGGCAGGCAUCACUCGAUGUCGGGCCAAAUUACCCUUUAAGACCUACCAACGUCCGUCAGCCGAGCGCCCCGACGUCAGCAGAAGCCGCUGCCGUCGACUCCGGUUGGUCAUUCAGCAACCCAGAUCGACGCAAGCCUAGUUUUGACAGCCUUGCUGCCAGAUUGACUUCACGAAGUCCAAACAUCGAGCGCUCAGCUUUGCGUGGCGCUUCAGAAAAGGUGUCAAGCAGGCGUUCAAGCAGGGCAAGCGUCAUUGAUGUCAUCCACGAUGAGCCACGGCGUCGAGGGAUAUUUACGGGCUCGAAUUUGGUGAUCCCGUCACAGUCGCGGCCGAGCAGCCGCGGCGACGGUAUCGAAGAGCUCGACGUGGAACUUCACUCCGCGCCCGCUCGCCCUUUGCGCGAGAAUAUUGUGCGCCCGAACAGUGCGCGUUCCAGUAUUCCGGUCUCGGAUUUUCACGAUAUCGCUGCAACGUUCAACGCAGCGCACACCAAGCGAUGGUCAGGCGCGCUGUCGCAGGCGAGCGCUACUCAAAGCUUGGGAGCUCGAAGGGGUAGUGUCGCAUCUUUUGUUAGUCGUCGAGGAAGCGACGCUCCAUUUUUCAGCCGCGCGUCGCUGUACGGUGUUGCUAACGGAGACGCCAGGAAAAGCUUCGGUCUCCAAGGAGAUGCUUCGCGAGAGCACUUUGCAACCGCGUCUGUCGAUGACUUCCGCCUGCUAGACGAAAGUGCUUGCAGAGAACGUAGAGGCUCAAGAAGCAAGACUGCCCUGAGUGAUGGCGUUCCACUACCUAGGCCAGCUCGGCGCUCGUUCGUCGGCCAAGGAUCAAAGCGAUGGUCUGGGCUUGCUUUUGGCGGGAGCAAGCCGCUGAAGGUCGACGGGUCUUCUAUUUCCCGACCAACUUCUGUAGCUUCGUCUGCAUUCUCAGACGCUGCAGCUGACAUGCUGGUGGACAAGUCUCCGCGCACGCCGACCACGCCUGGCCUUCGAGCAGCAGUGGCCGCCGGUGACCUCGACACUGAGGCGAUCGUGCGCCGAAUGCAGCGCAACAGCGACCAAUCCAAGCGACGACUAAGCCCACUUGAAGCCGACAGCCAGACAGCCCCUGAGGAGCCACGUAUGCGAGUGCCCUUCAUGGGGGCCAGGCCAAACACAUCGGCCUCGCAGCAACACAUGCAGUGGACCGCGACCGGUGAACGUCGUGCCCUGUCCUCUGUGCUCGAUCCGGUGCGCAGACCUUCCACGAGUGACGCCGUUCCCGUCAAUGGCGCCCGAUCACCCCUGCUCCAGCAUUUGCAUGCUGCGCACUUCCAAAUGUUGCAGGGCAAAGCGCUGCAGACGUCAGGAGAUCAACUACCGGAAGCAACACCAGCCGUAGUGUCGAAGACAACGCGAGUCAGUAGCGCUCGCCCGGGCAGCGGGGACACAGUGGCCUCAAAGUCGAGCAAUUUCCGGCGACCAGCUGAAUUCAAUGACGCCGCUUUCGAUGCUGUGAGUCUGUCCUCCCUGGGCACUUGAAGUCUCGCUACAGGCUGAUCGUCCUUCGUACUCGCAUUUUGCAGACUGCUGCCUUUGAGAGCAUACCCAGUCCAUUGCCUUUUGCUCAACUUCCACAGCAGAGCUCAGCGGCCCCUCACUCGGAAGCCCAAGGAACGUCUGCGGACCUCCUCAGUGCAGCGGCAGCGGCGGCUUCAGGCGACUCUCACAGACGAAUCACAGAGGGCGAAAGGAGCAAGCCCGAGCCCCUGUUGCUGUCUCCACCUUUCGAUCUCGAGGGCGCCCCAGAGUCCCCCGCAGAUCCUCACUUGACGUUCAGCGAUGGCGAGGACACCGAUGACGGGAAAUCUGAAGGACGCGUCUCUUUGAACCUCGAUCGAGAUCUGGUCGCAAGUCCAAGGCCGCCACCACUUGACGCGCCAUGCUCGCCCGGCACGGAAGCCGACGAGAGUGAGAUGGAGCUCCUCAGCGACAGCCAUUUUGUAUUCGGAGAUGACCACCAGCACUUGCGCAAGCGCAGCACAGAUUCACUCAGAGACCGCGCGUCGCUGAGCGACCGGCCAGCAAUACCGCGACGCUCAUCUUCGUCUUCAUUGACCGGCAAAUCUCCACCUUACACGACGGCGCUCUCGUCCGCAACGGCAAGCCACAGAUUGGCCCUUCCGAGGUCUGCAAGAUCCAGCUUCGACUCUGUUCACAGCGUUUUGAACAGCGCAGCGGAGCUAGCAACUGUCCCUUCGGCUGGCCAAACAGCUACGACAGCCGGUGACAGACGCUCGUAUGCUUUCGUAUGA